AGCGCGUUCCCGUAAGAGACCGUCAUACUGUAAAGACAACUGGAAAACAAGAGUCGUCGUUAACAGGUCACAGGCCUGUUUUACUUAUUAAUCUCCUUUGAAAACAGGAGAAAUAACGUACAUUUGUGCAUUUUAAUAAUAGCGUUUGGACAACUUGGCCCACAGAGUCACCAACAUGAGUCAGUGGUUGGAGCUGCAGCAACUUGAUGCAAAGUAUUUAGAGCAAGUAGACCAACUGUACGAUGACAACUUCCCAAUGGCCAUCCGCCAGUAUCUUAGCAGCUGGAUAGAGAGUCAUGACUGGGACCAUGUUGCCAACGUGGAGAACGAGUCCCUGGCAACGGUGAGGUUUCAUGACCUUUUGACCCAGUUGGAUCAUCAGCACAGCCGCUUCGCGAUGGAGAAAGACUUCCUGAACCAGCACAACAUUCGCAAGAUCAAGAGGAACUUGCAGACCCUCUUCCAAGACAACCCCGUUUCCAUGGCGAUGAUCAUCAGUCGGAACCUGAGCGAGGAACGGAAGAUUUUAGCCUCUGCUCAAAUGUCAGAGAAACACGCCGAGAGCUCCCAUAAUGACAUAAUCGUAGAGAAACAUCGAGAAAUGGAUGGGAAAGUAAAAGACAUCAAGCUAAAAGUGCAGGGAACCGAGCAAAUCAUCAAAAAUCUUGAAGACCUGCAAGAUGAAUACGACUUCAAGAACAAAACUCUCCAAAGCAGAGAGGAGCUGAACGGCACCAUUUUGAAAGAGGACCUGAAUCGGGAGAGACUGAACAUUCGUUCCAUGUUCAUUAAACUGAACGAGAUGAGAAUCAGCGUGAUCACUCAGAUGUCGGAGUUAUUGAACGUCCUGGAUCAAGUGGUGUUCGAGCUCAUCUCCAACGAACUGGCAGAUUGGAAACGCCGUCAGCAGAUGUCCUGCAUCGGAGGAAUUACCAACGUCUGCUUGGACCAGCUGCAGAACUGGUUUACCUCUGUCGGCGAGUCUCAGCUUCAGCUCCGACAGCAACUGAAGAAACUUCUGGAACUGGAGCAGAAGUUAACGUAUGAUAACGACCCCAUCACCCAUAGUAAAGCCACUCUUGAGGACAGGAUUAUGUCAAAUCUCAAAAGUCUUAUCACAAACUCCUUGGUAGUCGAGAGACAACCAUGCAUGCCGACCCAACUUCAACGGCCGCUGGUGCUCAAGACAGGGGUUCUGUUCACCGUCAAAAUCCGGUUGCUUGUAAAGCUACAGGAAUUUAACCAUACCGUUCGUGUGAAAGUGCAGUUCGACAAGGAUAUUGUUGAGAAGAGAAAAGGUUAUCGUAUGUUUAACAUCUUGGGAACAGCCAUGAAGGUGAUGAACAUGGAGGAAUCCAACGGAAUGGCGGCAGAAUUCCGACAUCUGCAACUGAAAGAAAGGAAAGUCACGGGUAACAGAACAAGUGAGGGCCCGCUCAUCGUCUCAGAAGAACUUCACUGCAUCACUUUUGAGGCGGAGCUUUGCUGGUCUGGAAUGGUUAUGAACUUUGAGUCAGCCUCUCUGCCUUUAGUCGUGAUCUCCAACGUCAGUCAGCUGCCCAGUGGAUGGGCGUCCAUCAUGUGGUACAACAUGCAGACCUCUGAGCCCAAGAAUCUGUCAUUUUUUGUGAGUCCUCCGCCUUCUACGUGGGGGCAUCUAGCAGAGGUGCUGAGCUGGCAGUUUUCCUCCAUCACCAAACGGGGUCUAAAUCCAGAUCAGCUAAGCAUGCUGGGAGCUAAACUUUUGGGUCCCAAAUCGGUGAUGGAUCUCGAGGCUCAGAUCCCAUGGAAUAGAUUCUGUAAGUCUGGCAGUGAGAAGAACUUUACAUUCUGGCUGUGGAUUGAAGGAAUAUUGGACCUGAUAAAAAGACACCUGCUGAGUCUGUGGGAUGAUGGGUGUAUCAUCGGGUUUGUGACUAAGGACUGCACUAAAGCUGUGCUACACGACAAAGCUCCCGGGACAUUUCUGUUGCGCUUUAGCGAAAGCAACCGUGAUGGAGCCAUCACUUUCAGCUGGGUGGAACAUGACACUAACGAAGAGCCACAGGUCCGCUCAGUGGAGCCUUACACAAAAAAAGAGCUCUCGGCCGUUUCGCUUCCCGACAUCAUUCGGAACUAUCGUGUGAUGGCGGCUGACAAUGUACCAGAAAACCCGCUGCGCUUCCUUUACCCCAACAUUCCUAAAGACGACGCCUUCAGGAAAUACUACUCCAAACCCACAGACAAACAAGAGCCAAUGGAUGUUGAUAAGAAGUUGGACGAAGGUUAUAUCAAGACCACCCUCAUCUCCAUCUCUGAAAGGAAACCAGAUGAUUAUGACCGUAACCUCAUGCCAAUGUCACCUGAGGUUUAUUGCGAGCUUGAGCGAAUAAAUCAAUACAUACCAGAUAUGGAAUCACUGGAGAUGCCAUAGAACAAUCCUCAUGGAAAAUUACAUCCGGAUUUUUUCUCAAAACAACAGAAAUUGUGUCGUUAACUAUUAUACACUUACGUUACAUUUUUGAGCUUUUGAUUCAUUAGACUUUAUUGUAAAUGGCUAAGAUUAGUGUAAUUGGUGUUUGCAUGCAAACAAUAUAGGCAUUCUAAUUAAGUAAGUAAAUCAAGUUACACAGCAGUUGAAGUCAUCUGAUAUAAAAUGUGACUGAACAGUUAGAGGUCUGAUGUUCCUCUCAGUUUCAAUAUAGCAAACGAAUUUCUCUGAAAACACAGUAUGUGCGCAGUCAUCUAAAAUGAAAAGAAAGAAACAAACGAAAAAGAAAAAAACAAAAUGGAUCUUUUUAUCUUCACAAUAAUGCUACUGUAUUCUUCGCACUUAAUCUGUCAACCUUUCGAAAAGACGGAAGUUAAUCUAUAAAUAGCACUUCAUUUUAUAAAUACUUAUUUUUUGGGCGAAGUGCCAAGUGAUGAGAUAAAUGCUGAAACAGUGAAUCUCAUGUCAAGUCGUAGACUUAAAACUAAAGGCAAUAACGUCCAAAUGAUUAUGAGGAGGCUUCGUUUGUCAUAAUUGAAAAUAUUAUUGGAAAUAUAUUUUUGUAAUAUAAUUUAACCUGGACAUGUAGAUGAGAUUACCCAGAAAAUCAUUUUCUGAAAGUUAAAAAGAUCCGUUGGAUCGUUUUAAGCUGUUGGGUGUUUAGCUUUCUCAAAAACAUGACCUGUUGUCCUGAAAGUUUUUUGGUACUUCAUUUCUAUUUUGUUUGCAGAUUUAUGUGUUUUUUCCUCUGCACUGGAUCAUGCUGCUGCUGUUUAAUUACAUUUAUUUGUCUGUCUA